AUGUCUGCACAGCCCUCCUCUACGCUGCCUUUUGGCCAACAUGUGUCUAUCGGCGACAUCUCUGGCCCAACGUAUGUCACGGCCCAGCUGCUCGUUCAGCACAUUGCCUACAAGCUCUCCGACAAGAUCUUCUCUUACUCGCCCGAGACAUAUGACCUCGACGUCGCCGCGAAGUGCUGGGCCGCCGAUGGCGGCAAGAACAUUCACAAGUAUACGCCCGAGGUUCUGAGUCUGCAGACUCGCGUCGGCGCUGGUGCUCUCGCUCUCGGCUACAUCUUCUCGCCCGAUUUCGACGUGACCAAGCGCCACAUUCCCCAGACGCUGCUGGCCUCCUCUGGCAGCCUGCAGGCGCUCCGCGCCACGCUCGACCAGCUCUCGCUGCUCUACAGCGUCUCCAGCCCAUUUGUCGCCCACGUGGCGGCGGCCGACUACUCAGCCACCAACGGCAUCGUCGCCAACUAUGACGGCGCACUGCGCCUUGCCGAGGAGUUGGGUCUCGGACUCGUCGCUUCCUCGUCGGCGUAUGAAGCCCAACACAUGUCGCUCUUUGCGACGCUUCUCGCCACAGUCCUGCCCACACUGCACGUCUACGAUGGCGUCCGCGUCGCCCGUGAAACCCUUCGCGUUGUUGACGCUCUCAGCGAGGCCGGCGUCGCUGACCUGUACACCAAGCUUGCUGCUGAGGCUGGUAAGCUGAACCCUCGCCUCGACAACGCCGGCAAGGUUGUCGAGCUUCUCCAAGUCUUCAAUGACGAGCUCGGCACCGUCUACGCUCCUUUUGAGUAUCACGGUCACGACGCUCCCGACGUAGUCCUCGUCACCUUUGGAAGCGUCGAGGCCCAAGUUGCCCGUCAGGUCCUGACCAAGAUUGCUAUCGAGGGCGCUAAAGUUGGCGUCGUCAACGUCCGCGUCUACCGCCCCUUCAUCGAGGAGGCUUUCCUUGCUGCCAUCCCCGCCUCGGCCCGUACCGUCGCCGUCCUUGGCCAGGUAAACACGGAUGCGGCCCUGCACGACGAGGCCACGCAAUCUGCCCUAUAUGGCGAUGUCCUCACCGCCGUCACCUUUGCCGGCAAAUUCACCGAGGAGCCCAAUGUGCUUGACAUCAAGUACACAGCCGCCCAGACUCUUACGCCCCAGGGCUUGGUCAACACCCUACACCAGGUCUUUGGCAACGAAGGCGAGGCCAAAACGCUUCCCUCGCUUGUUACCGCUGAACAGUACACUUUCUGGAACCUGGACAGUUCUGCUGCCGUUGCCUCGCCUGCUGUUAUCGGCACUCUUCUUGCCAAGCAGUCCACCUCCAACGUAUUCGUUCGGGAGAUCUACGAUAACCUCACCCAAGGCGGCGCUGUCCGCUCCGACCUCCGCGUCUCCAAGAAGACCCUCGAAGCUCCAUACGACAUCAACGAGGCUGACGCCAUUGUCGUCGGUGAUGAGAAGAUUCUCAAGGACGUUGAUGUGCUCGCUAGCGUCGCUUCUGGCGGCAAGGUCAUCCUGAACCUACCUGACUUUAAGGCAGCGGAUAUUGAGAAGCGCCUCUCGGCUGCUUUCCGUAAAACGCUUGUCAACAAGGAUAUUGAUGCAUUUGUACUUGAUCCUGCUAUUCUUCCUGCCUUUGAGAAGGACGGCGCCGCCUCCAAACUUCUCCUUGAGCUUGCUUUCCUCAAAAUUGCUCAGCCCUCCGUCUCGCCCAAAGACAUGACCAUAUCUGCUGAAAAUGUCACACUUGAGCAGGCUGCCGAGGCGGUUGACCAGUGCCUGAGCAAGCUCGAGGUCUCUACCACCUGGGCCGAGACCGAGGACAUCGCCGACGAGCUGUCUCUCACCAUCCAGCCCAACAGCUUCGUCUCCUUUGCAAAGGAUGAGGAUGUAGAUAGUCUGCAGCUGCAGGACUGGCAGACGCUUGCUCGUGGUAUCGUCUUCAAGGAAGCGUACGGCACCCGUGAGGCUGUCCGCCCGGACCUGGCUGUCACUACCCACACCGUCACGGUCAAGGAGAAUCGCCGCCUCACGCCUUCGGACUACGACCGCAACAUCUUCCACAUUGAGUUUGACCUCGGCACUACCGGUCUUACCUACAAGAUUGGCGAGGCGCUCGGCAUCCACGCCGAAAACGAUGUCGAGGAGGUCGAGGCAUUCAUCAAGUUCUAUGGCCUCAACGCCGAUGACCUCGUCCAGGUUCCCUCGCGCGACGACCCCGCAGUCACAGAGCUGCGCACCGUGCACCAGGCUCUCGUACAAAACGUCGACAUCCUCGGCAAGCCGCCCAAGCGCUUCUACGAGGCCAUGGCCGAGUUUGCCACUGACGAGACGGAGAAGAAGAAGCUCGAGGCACUUGGCAGCCAAGCGGGCGCCGAAGACUUUAAGAAGCGCUCCGAGGUCGACACGCUCUCCUACGUUGAUAUUAUCACCGAGUUUACGUCGGCGCGCCCCAGCUUUCACGAUCUGAUCAAGAUUGUCAGUCCGCUGAAGCGCCGCGAGUACUCCAUUGCGUCGGCGCAGGCGGUUACUCCCAACUCGGUGUCACUCAUGAUUGUCGUCGUCGACUGGGUGGACACGCGCGGGCGCACCCGCUACGGCCAGGCGACGCGCUACCUCUCGCGGCUGGCGGCGGGCGCGCCCGUGACCGUGUCGGUCAAGCCGUCGGUGAUGAAGCUUCCGGUCAAGGACACCGCGCCGCUCAUCAUGGCCGGGCUGGGCACGGGCCUCGCGCCGUUCCGCGCGUUUGUGCAGUACCGCGCCAUGCAAAAGGCGCAGGGCAAGGAAAUUGGCGCAAUCCUGCUGUACCUGGGCUCGCGGCACCAACGCGAGGAGUACCUAUACGGCGAGGAGUGGGAGGCGUACCUGGAUGCGGGCGUGGUGACGCUCAUUGGCGCUGCCUUUUCGCGCGACCAGCCGCAAAAGAUUUACAUUCAAGACCGCAUGCGCCAGACCAUUGGCGACAUUGUGCAGGCCUAUAUCAAGGACGAAGGCAGCUUCUACCUCUGCGGGCCGACGUGGCCGGUGCCCGACGUGACGGCCGUCUUGCAGGAGGCUAUUGCCGCCGAAGCCAAGGCGGCCGGCAAGAAGGUUGACCCCUCAAAGGAGAUUGAGAAGCUCAAGGAGGAGGGACGCUACGUACUGGAAGUCUACUAG